AUGUUGUGGGCUCUCCUAUUGCCGUUGCUGCAACCUGUCGUGGCGGAGACUGGAAUUGAUGCUUGGUUGAGAUAUGCUAGGGUCCCAAAUUGCGGGAAACUUCGACAUGAGGUUCCUGGAAGGAUCGUAGCACUAAACAACUCCGAAGCCAGUCCUGUGUAUACGGCCGGCCAGGAGCUUGCGUUGGGUUUUGCUGGUAUCCUGGACAAGGAUGUUCAAGUCAGCGAUACAUCUUCGGCGAAACACCACGGUUCGCACGGCCACUCCGGGACCCUCAUGGUUGGCACUGUCGACCAAUUCGCUGACGCUUCGAUGGAUGUGGAUCUUGACGAUGAUGAGCUGAUCGCAGACGGCUACCACAUAAGCAUAUCUGGAUCUGACGUUCACAUUAUUGGUGAGAACGAUCGAGGCGCUCUUUACGGCGCCUUCAACUACCUCAACGCCCUCGCCCAAGGCAACGUGCCAUCAGAGUCCUACACAUCAAAUCCCGACGCACCGAUACGAUGGGUCAACCACUGGGACAACUUACAGGACGGUGGCACUCACGGCAGCGUGGAGAGAGGAUACGGCGGCGAGUCGAUCUUCUACUGGGACGGAUCUGUGAGAGAGGAUCUCAGCCGCGUGCCGCAGUACGCUCGUCUACUCGCCUCCGUCGGAAUCAAUGGUGCCAUCGUGAACAACGUCAACGCAAACGAGUCCAUGGUCGAGCCAUACAUCGUCCAAGGCCUUCAAAGGGUCGCUGAUCUCAUGCGUCCAUAUGGCGUGCAAAUCGGAAUGUCAUUGAACUUUGCCACGCCCGAACUACUAGGUGUUCUCGACACAUAUGACCCUCUGAACCAGAGCGUCAUCGACUUCUGGAACCAACGUACCGACAUGAUCUACGAGCACAUCCCCGAUCUGGCUGGGUACUUGAUCAAAGCUAGCUCCGAGGGCCAGCCGGGACCAUUGGCCAUCAACAGGACACUGGCCGAAGGAGCAAACUUGUUUGCCAAAGCUCUUCAGCCGCAUGGCGGGAUCACGAUGUUCCGCGCCUUCGUCUAUGACUCUACCUCUCUGAAUGAGACAGAAGACUGGAGGGCUGACCGAGCAAAUGCUGCGGUGGAGUUCUUCGACGGACUUGAUGGAAAGUUUGACGACAAUGUCGUGAUUCAAAUCAAGUAUGGGCCGAUCGACUUCCAAGUACGCGAGCCCGCGUCCCCGCUGUUCGCCCAUCUGAAGAACACGCCCAGUGCAAUAGAAUUGCAGGUCACUCAAGAGUACCUUGGCCAACAAGAUCAUGUCAUGUACUUUGCAGAUCUCUGGAAGAGCGUCCUCGACUUCGACCUCCGAGUGGAUGGCGAGCAAUCGCUGGUCAAGGACAUCAUAGCUGGGCGCCGUUUCAACCAGCCUCUCGGUGGAUAUGCUGCCGUUUCGGGUAUAGGAUUGAACCAGACGUGGUUGGGAAGCCAUCUUGCCAUGUCGAACCUGUACCUCUACGGUCAAAUGGCGUGGAAUCCGGACGUGUCAUCUGCCGGGGUGAUUGAGGACUGGACUCGUCUGACGUUCGGGUUUAACCAAGACGUCAUCGACACCGUCAGAGAGAUCUCGCUUGAAGCGUGGCCGACGUACGAGAAUUAUACAGGCAACCUUGGCAUUCAGACGCUGACGGAUAUUCUGAAUGCGCACUACGGUCCCAACCCAGCUAGUCAGGAUGGCAACCCCUGGGGCCAGUGGACUCGCGCUGACACCUUUUCCAUCGGAAUGGACCGUACCAUCGAGAACGGCACGGGCUUCGCGGGACAAUACCCACCCGAGGUCGCACAAAUGUACGACAAUAUCGAGACGACACCCGAUGAUCUCCUCCUAUGGUUCCACCACGUCCCGUACACGUACGUCUUGAAUUCAGGCGAGACGGUCAUCCAACACUUCUACAACGCCCAUUACGCCGGAUCGGAGAAUGCGCAGACGUUCCCUGAACGCUGGCAGGCGCUGCAGGGCAAGAUGGACCAGCAGCAGUGGAGCGAGACGAUGCACAAGUUCGUCUACCAAGCCGGACACUCCAUCGUAUGGCGCGAUGCGAUCAACAACUUCUACUACAACCUUUCGGAUAUCCCGGAUGAGCUCGGGAGAGUCGGUCACCAUCCAUACCGUAUCGAGGCAGAAUCAAUGGAGCUGGACAACUAUGAGCUCUACCCUGUGAUCCCGUGGAACACAGCUUCGAACAAGACGUGCAUCGUGACGACUUCCAACUCCACCACCGGCACCGCGAGUACGACGCUCAGCGAUGUCAAGACCGGAACGUACGAUGUCGCUGUCAACUACUUUGACCAGGCGAUCGGGCACGCGCAGUGGACGCUGUCGAUUGACGACACGGUGGUCGGCAAGUGGGUAGGCGACAGCGAUGUUACGCUGAGCCAUGCUCCGGUACUGUAUAUUGAUGGGCAGACAGCUAUUAGGAUCACGUUCAACGGCGUUGAUAUUAAGAAGGGCGCUACGCUUAAGAUUGUCGGCGUGGCGGACGGGCAAGAGCCGGCUCCGAUCGAUUAUGUGAGCAUCUUUCCACCGGGGGAGGUUGACUAG